AUGGAAGAUGCCUUUCAACCUAUCAGCUAUCUUUAUUUCCGUGUCUAUCUGUCUUUUAUUUUCUAUCUUACUCUUCACGUCUUUACUGACCACGUAUCAUUUUCUUCUUUAUCUGUCCACUUCCUUCUUUUAAUCAUUUUCUUCCAUUUUCUGUAUUCGCUUUCUUCAGGUUUUACCGCUUCCCGCUUCUUUUUUUUUUUUUUUUUUUUUGGUCUCCGUUCUGUUUUUUCAUUUGACGUCUUUGUUUUCUUCUUUUUCUCCGUCCAGUUUUCACUUCUUUCUUUCUUCUUUCCUUCCUAUAGAGUCUUUGUUGCUUUUUCUAUCCUCUGCUUUUUUCUUCCUAUUUUUAUCUGUCCUUCUUUUUCUUUUUUAUUCUUUCUUUUUUUUCUAUCAUUCUUUUUUAUUUAUUUUUUUAAUUUCGGUUCUGUAACCAAAUAUUUAUUCAUUUUGUAG